GGCUGAGUGAAUGAGGGCACUAGCCAGACCAUAGAGUCCAGAACAGCCUUUUACUUACGUCCUGGGCCCUCUUGUCCUUGAGCUGAGAUUCUCAGCUUAGCCUAGCCUCCUUCCCUCCCUCCCUGAAAUCUCACCUUUAUUUUAACUGGCUAGUUUGUUCGUCCUCCCUCCGGAAGUGCUAGAGUUCCCCUUGAAUUAUUCGGUCUGGGCACGGGGAAGAGCCAGGGUUGCUGUGCAGGUGGUGUUUUCCUCUCAUUUUGCAGAUGAGGAAACAGAGGUUCAGAGAGGCAACGACACUGGGGCAGGGACCCACACUGAUGGCGGAGUAGCAGAACAGCAGCUUCAGGGAAGGAACCAACAGGCUUUCCUUUGGGGUCAGCAUGUGCCCUGGUCAACUUGGCUGGAUCAUCACCUUCCUCCUGAUACUCCACUGCACAUCUGGCUACCAGGACCUCACCUGCCAUACAGACUAUAUCAAGAACCUGACAUGCAUCCUACAAGUGGAUCCUGGCCAUGAAGAGAGUUCCCCUGAUCUCACCAUUAAGUGGAAUGAUGUCUACGAGGAACUGGAAGAAUUUGCUAACUCCUGUAGCUUCACCCGAUCUACUUAUAACCACACCCAUAUGCAGUAUACAUGCCAAAUGGAUAUGUAUAAACUGAUGUCAGAUGAUGAAUUCAAUGUCACCAUUACAGACAAGCUAAGCAACAGCUCCAGGGAAGGCAGACAAUUCAUCCUGUCUCAGAGCAUUAAGCCAGCUCCCCCUUUCAAUGUGACAGUGACCUAUUUUGGAGACUACAACAUUUCCUGGAAAACUCCCUAUGAAGAUGCUUUAUACUAUGCGUUACAGGACAAGCUACAGUAUCAGCUACGCUACAAAAAAAAACAAGAUUCCUGGAUGACUCAGAUGACCAAGUCAAUCUCUCAAGAUGCAAAGUCAGCAUUACUCUUGUCCACUGAAUUCCAGAAGGGCUCGGAAUAUGAAAUACAAGUUCGAGCGCAGCCAUCCUUUCUCUACAGUGGGAUCUGGAGUGAGUGGAGUGCUUCCACCUCCUUCAGGACCCAGUCAGUGGAAGAAGAGAAAACAGAAUGGUCCUCUUGGAUAUUUCCCAUCUCAUUCCUUAUGGCUAUAUUUGCUUCUCUGGCUGGAUGGAAACUGACACAGAGGCUGUGGAAGAAGAUGUGGGUGCUGGUACCCAACCCCGAGCCCUUCUUUCAGCCCCUGUAUUCAGCCCAUGAGGGUGACUUUAAGAGCUGGGUGGGAACAUCUUACACCCUGAAUUUAUUUGACUGGGGACUGGUGCAUCCUGAGGUACUGGAGGUAUAUGGCAGCCGCCUCACCAAAGGGAUCGAGCUGAUGGAUGCUAACGGGCAACCCAAGAUAGGCUUCCGUGGAAUCUGCUCACUUGGUCCCUCUAAGACAGAAAUUGGGUCCUUUGCCUUAGGAUCUGGUGAGGGGAAGGACGAAUCCUAUGGCCACGUGUCCCUUGACACAGUGAUGGUGGUUGAUGACAAGGAGUCUGGUCAGCUUCACUGUGACUGCAGCCAUUUAGUUCAGGAUAGAGGCCGCGGCUGUGAUGGAGAUGACAACUACUCCAAGAUAAAUCUUGAUGGUGACCAACCUGACGGACAGGGCUCUGGUGACCUGCUCUUGGGGAAAGAAGACAGAAUCAUCUCCUCUGGCCAUGUCUCCAUGGAGAGCUCUGGGAGGAUUCCAGUCUGGCCAGAAGCCCCCAUUGGCAGUAUUUUGGAAGCUCUUUGCCUGCACUCUCCAGAGGACUGGGAUCCAGGAAGCCCUAUUUCCCUGCCCUCAGGCGAGGGUGCUCCUUUCGGCCAGGGAUCUUAUGCACAUUUCUCCUGCAGCUCAGAGAAAGAAGCGUUUGGUCACCCACUGGUCAGCUUGGAUAUGGACACCUUCGACAGCGGCUUUGCUGGUUCUGACUGUGGCAGUCCCUUAGAAAGUGACUUCAUGGGGGGCAGUCCAGUGGAAAGGGAAGGCAACCCAGCUCUAAACACCAGUCAUGUUGAGGAUGAUACCCCAAGAAGUUACGUCAAACAGUGGGUGAUUUCCCCCCCAGCCUCCCCAGAUCCUGGAUCACAUACCAGUUAGCAAGUUAAGCAGGUCCCCAAACUGAGGUGAGGUCACUGAGGAUUCAUGUAUAAACCUGUGGUCAAACAACUCUUCAUGCAGCUUUCACUCAGGAAAAAAAAAAAAAAAACCGGGGCACAUAUUCAUCAAAACAACCAUCAAAAAAAAAAAAAGAACAUGGUGAUGCAGAGUAGAAUAGACUCAAUCCCUUUUUAUUAUUUGAUGUCAUUUACAGAUGGCCCAGGAGGCGGCAGGGCACAACAGGUGACUACUUUGAAGCUGCAAAGACCUGGGUUUGAGUCUCAUCUCUGACACAUUCUGAGUAUGUGACAUUGGGCAAGUUAUUUAACCUAUAAGUACUAAAAGAGAGGUGGGGAACAUCUGGCCAAGGGCUAUGUAAGUCCAAUGAAAUCAAAACCAACGACUCCCACUGCUUGAGUUCUCUAAGUUGAUAAUUUUGUACGCCCCCCUCCCUCCCCCCUCGAAGGAUGUCAUAAAUCUCCAAAUGGCCUUUGGCAGAAAAAAAGUUCUCCGCUCCUAUUCUAAAACAAUAAAGUACCAACUCAUACUGGCAAAGGGAGUAUACUCACCUAUUCCAAUGAAAUCACAGAUUCACCUGUGAUUCAAUCCCUAUCCUUAUAACCAGAAACAUUUUGUGUAUGUGUGUAUCUAUGCUCUUGGUUCACAUUCAUUUGGUUUGAUGAUGCUUAUUAGCCAUUGUUGAAAAAUACAAUUAGAGCAGUUUCUCCAGGAAUGGAUUGUGUCCUCUCCUUCAAUCUUCCCUUAUGCCCUCUAUCUAAUAUCAGAGGCAUUAGAAAAGAGUUUGUAGUAUGGGAGAGGGAAGCCGGUGGCUAAAGAAACAAGAGACUAUGCAAAAUGAGCUGCAGACAUUUUGUGACAAAUAGAAGGACCAAGACCGACUUCUGCUCACAUAGAGCUUACAACCUGAGCUUAAGAUACAACCUUGCACAGGUGAGCAAAAAAUAAACAGACAAAAACAAACAGCAAUAACCAGAAUUACACUAUGGGGCUGCCAUAGAACUGGAAAGUCGCUGAUGAAAGAGAGUGGAUUUAAUGAAAAUAAAAUCUUCACAUUCUGAUCCUUUUUUUAAAAUCUCAUUCCAAAGUGUGUCCCCCAUCCAUGUUGAUGAGAAUAAAGCUAGUGAGAAGAGGGUCAGACUUAAUGAUGAGCAGGUAGGGCGGGGGGGGGGCUUAUAUAAAAUAUGGAAUGAGAAAGUCAUAAAAAUAAUAGAAGAUAGAUGGGAGCAAAGGAAUAGAAGUCUUGUUUUUUGCAAGGCAACUGGAGUUAAGUGACUUGUCAUGGCUAGUAAGUGUUAAGUGUCUGAGGCUGAAUCAGGACUCAGGUCCUCCUGACUUCAGACCUAGUGCUCUAUCCAUUGUACCAUCUAACUACCUCAGAAGGGAAUAGUCUUUAAAAAGGUGACUUGUUAGUCAUUAUACUCAUAAGUCCAGGCUCCUAUGGUCAGUGAGUCAUUAUUUAUUAAGCAAUAUAAUGAGUGCUACCUGAACUUAGGCUGGAUUUGAAUUCAUGAAGAUGAGCCUUUCUGGUCCCAAGUCCACUGUUUUAUCCACUGCAGCAUCCAGCUGAGCGGUACCCUCUCCAGUCGUCCUGAUCUACAUCUUUCCACUGGACCCAAAUGGCUCCAGAGGAGAGAGUAAAGCUGGUGACUGCAUAGCCCUCAUCACUUAAAUCCAAUUCACUUGGAAGUCAUGACAUCACCUUUUGGAUGUCAUGUUCCUCUUCGGGAACAAAGGACAAGCAACAUUUAUUAAGCAUGUACUAUGACACACGUAUAUGUGUCAGUAUUAUAUGUUUACUGCUGGGGAUACAAAAAGAGGCAAAAUUGUCCGUGUUCCCAACAUGUCCUCAAUCUAAUCUCUGUAGGAUGAACAGCAAAUCACAGGACCACGAGUAUCAUUCUCAUCUCCUUCCCCAUUUUUCUUUCUUUUUCUCUCUGUUUCUAUCUCUCCUCCUCCCUCUUUCCCUGUCUUUCCCACUCCUCUCCUUCUUUUCCCUCCCCUUUUCUUUCUAUUUUUUCUCUCUCUCUUUCUUUCUUUCUCUCCUCUUUUCUCCCCUUCCCCUUAGUCAUCAUUCUCUCCCCAACCCAAGUAUACAGUAAAAAAAUCAAUGGGUCUGGAUAUGGAAAGUUAUGUUGACACAGUGACCCAUUGUUCCCAGUCUUGCCAAACAGUAUAGGGGGAGACUGUUGGGGAAGGCAAAACAUAAAUAGAAUUGACAGCUUUCUGUAUUAUUUACUCUUUGUCACAGGUGCCUACCUGUGACAUUGUUACCCCUAACUGAAAAUUGUACCAUCCUUGGGGAGGACCUCAGAUGCAAGGGCCCAGCCCCCUUUUGCUGACAUUGACCUGUCUGAAUUGUCUUUUUUACAAAAGUUAACAAUAAAAAUUGGUUCCAUUUUGAAGUCAUUGCUAAUCUCUAGUGAUCAGCCUGAGUUGCUACCAUGAUGUACCUGUAAUAAACUCCUUUUAAUUUUCUUUA